UCGUUCUAUCACACUUAAAGCAUUUCUUAAGCACCAAGAAGGACGUGUAAAACGACUUCACCGGCUAAGAACUUGUUCCAGCAGCUUUAGUACGGCCUAUGGAUCAUUUGUGGAGCCAUUUCCUUGCCAUCCUUAUACUCAUUGCCUUAGCCUCGUCAGACCAAGGAGUUCUGAUAGACAAGCCUGAGUGCGAUUCAUGUUCAUGGAAUUGGACGAUUUUACAGACUGCUGUGCCUGGAUACACAGGGUGGUACGAAAAACACUCCUCUCCUCGAUAUUUAUCGUGCAUCAAUAACUUGAACGCAUCCACAUCGAGACCAAACAGUUGGCUGAGAAGUGACAAGAUCGCGGUUAACGAAGCUAAAAGGCUAGAUGUAACUGUUCGAUAUCUCAUCAUAGAUUGCUCUUUCUUGGGGGAGAAUGGAGAAGAUAAAUGCGUGAAUGCCAUUGACUUGUACGUCAACCAGUCAAACCAGGAUAUCCUAGACAAGUCAAAUUACCCAAACCCUCUAUCACACACAACUGCAUAUGAAAAAAUAGCAGAACUGGGAGACCCUACCAAUGUGGAAAUUUCCAAAACAAUAUCAGUAGCCGUAAAAGGAAAAUUUAUCUUCUUAGCAUUCCAUAAUAAUGGAGCGUGUAGCAUCUUGUACUCUGUCAAGGUUAGUUACAACUUUUGCCCUGAAAAGACGUUUAGCGACAAGUUGCUGGUGUUACCCAGAACAGCAGCACCAGUGAAUGUGUUGGACAUCUCACGUGUUGAGAGAAGAUGUAAAGAAAAUGCGGUUCAUUUGUCUGGCAGUCUGAACGCCUACUGCAAUAGUAGUGGACAAUGGAACAAAACGUCGGUAGAAGGGAGAUGCAUUUGUAAGGAAGACUUGGAAAAUGUCGAAGGAAAAUGCCAAGCUUGUCCCAAUGGAAAGUAUAACGACGAAAAAGGUUUCAACUGCACAAGUAAGAAAUAUAAGAACUACUUUGAUGGGUUGUCUUGGUUACUUGGCAAUUUCGUUUUAAAUUGA